ACAUUUUAUUUUGCGUAGGUAUCUGGAGAAUUUUCUUUUGCGAUUCGUUCCUUGAUCCGGAAGAAGAGACAGCAAACAUCACCUGCGAUUGGAUUGCAACAUAAGGGCGGGGCGUUAGCGAGCCAUUCAUCUUGGCGACCGGAUGUGACGAUAACGGAAGCUGCUAGGCUGAGCUUUGCUCUCGCUGGCGGCCUUGGUGGGCGGGGUCGGCCGAGCUCCUCUGGCUUGGUCUUCACCACUGACCCGGCACCGAUAGGGGCGGCGCCAUUAAGGCCACGCCUCCCGCGCUGAUUCCCGGUGACUCUGGAGCGAUGUCCUAGGCGCUGAGGAGGCGGAGACUCAGGGCUGUUUUCUCAGAGGUUAGGGACGGACCCGCCCCGUCAGCCUCUUCGAUUCUUCCGGUUUCUGGUGGCUGCGCCGCCUCCCUCCGAAGACUGAGGAGGAUACGCCCUCUCGAGAGCCCGCCUUCGCUCUCCUUUCAGCUUCUAACGCCUCUGAGCUGCUACGGGGCAACUCCAUCCCUACAUUCUCUCGCUCUGGUUCUCGCCACUUGGAGGACCUCGGCCCCGACACUGCCCCCUUUCCUGGAUGUACUGGCCCCUCCCACUCCUCUAAAAUGUCCAAUAACCUACAGAGGGUCUUCCUGAAACCUACAGAGGAAAAGUCAGGCAACACCUCGCAUUGUGUUUCAGGCUGCAUGUACCAAGUAGUUCAGACGAUUGGCUCGGAUGGAAAAAAUCUUCUGCAAUUACUUCCAAUUCCUAAUUCCUCUGGAAAUCUUAUACCACUAGUUCAAUCUACAGUCAUGUCUGAUGCUUUGAAAGGGAAUACAGGAAAUCCAGUUCAAGUUACUUUUCAGACUCAGAUUUCCAGCUCUUCCACAAGUGCAUCAGUUCAAUUGCCCAUUUUUCAGCCAGCCAGUUCUUCAAACUAUUUUCUUACAAGAACAGUAGACACAGCAGAAAAAGUUAGAGUUACUUCUGUGGGAACUGAAAAUUUUACCUCAUCAGUUUCUAAAGUUCAGAGUCAUGGUGUGAAAAUUGAUGGACUCACCAUGCAAACGUUUGCUGUUUCUCCCUCCUCAACACAAAAUGAUUCAUCUUAUAUUUUAGUAAAUACCCAGAGUCUUCCAAUGACUGUGAAGUCUCCGGUUUUGCCUUCUGGGCAUCAUUUACAGAUUCCAGCCCAUGCUGAAGUGAAAUCUGUACCAGCGUCUUCAUUGCCUCCUUCAGUUCAGCAAAAGAUACUUGCAACUGCAACCACAAGUACCUCAGGAACAGUUGAGGCCUCCCAAAUACCAACUGUUAUUUAUGUAUCUCCUGUAAAUACAGUGAAAAAUGUAGUUACCAAGAACUUUCAAAACAUUUACCCAAAACCUGUUACAGAAAUAGCAAAGCCAAUGAUACUAAAUACCACACAGAUUCCAAUGAAUGUUGCUAAAGAGACACAAUUAAAAGGUGGUCAGCAUUCUCAAGCUGCUCCAGUGAAAUGGAUUUUUCAAGAAAAUCUACAGCCUUGCACUCCAUCUCUUGUUCCUGUUAAAUCUUCAAAUAAUGUGGCUUCAAAGAUUUUAAAAACUUUUGUAGAUAGGAAAAGUUUGGGAGAUAAUACUGUAAAUAUGCCACUAUUGAGUACCAUCAGUCCUAGUGGGACACAAUCCAAAAGUAUGCCUAUUAAAGAUAAUGCUUUGGUUAUGUUUAAUGGGAAAGUCUAUCUAUUGGCUAAAAAGGGGACAGAUUUUUUGCCAUCACAAAUUGACCAAGAGAAUUCUGUUUCUCCUGAUAUUCCACCAAGAAAAGAUACAUCACAGAUAGUAAGUUCAAGUCCAGUCACAGAAAUAUCCAGAGAGGUUGUAAAUAUUGUUUUGGCUAAAAGUAAAUCUUCCCAGAUGGAGACAAAAUCACUUUCAAAUACCCAGCUUGCUUCCAUGGUCAAUCUAAGGGCAGAGAAGAAUAAGAAAGUGGAGAAACCAUCUCUUUCUACCCCAAACCCACAUAGUAUGAACCAAUCCAUUAACUACUUAAAGCAGAGUAAGACUUUAUUCUCAAAGCCAGACUUUCCAGAUGGAUUUAGUACAGGACAAAAUUCCCCCAGAAAAGGAAAUAUCAUCCACAGCAUAGAGAAAAUAAGUUCCUCUGUUGAUGCAACAACUUUUACUUCACAACAGUGUGUUUUCAGAGACCAAGAACCAAAGAUCCAGAAUGAGAUGGCAUCAACAUUAGAAAAAGUUACUCAAGAAAGAAAUGACAAGAACAGUUCCCAAGGAAGAAGCAAUAAGGUGUCAUAUCUGAACAAUGAUGCUGAACUUAGAAAGAUAUUUGGUCUCACUAAAGAUUUGAGCGUGUGCCUUACUCGGAUUCCUCACCAUUUGGGCUCUGGAGGAGGUUUUGAUUCCUUUAGCUGUUUGGUGAAAAGUGAUACUUACAAAGAGACAGAGUUUAUAGUGAAGGAGGAAGGGAGAAAACAGGGUUUUGAUAAGAAAAGAAAAGCAAAAACCAAAAAGAAGAUGGAUCACAAAAAGAAGAGAAGAACUGAGAGUGGUUAUAACACAACUGUAAAUGGAGGAACUAAUGUCACCAGUUCCCAACUCGUUAGCAGUAUUUUACCAACUUCAAAUGUAUCACACGAUAACAUUCUCAGAGGCCGCAACAAAACCAAGGAAGAAAAGAGAUCUGAGGUAGAACACUGUACCCAUGGGAGCCAAGAGAAAGGCACACUGAGUUCAAAUACAGCUUUUGAGCAAAGCCAUUCCUUCAAUAAAAAUUAUACUGAAGAUAUUUUCCUCAUGACACCACCAGAGUUAGAAGAAACCAUUAGAGAGGAAAAAAUAAGAAGACUUAAGCAGGUGCUGAGAGAAAAAGAAGCAGCUCUUGAAGAAAUGCGUAAGAAGAUGCACCAAAAAUAAUAAAAUGUUGCUAUACGUAAAGACUUCAGUGAAAUAGCUGUGUUUUUUCAUAUACUUUUACAUUGUUAAUUAUAGAUGCAUUCUGAAAGUGUCUUUGAAUAUGAAACUUGUCUUUUCAUCAGUUGAUUAUAAAAUUUUAAGGAAUACAGAAAAGGUUGAUUAUAUGACUUUUGUGAAUAAUCUCAUGGGGUAUCUGAAUCUUUGUCUAGAUACCUUUUUUUGGAAGGAAAAGUUUUCUAUUUUUCUAUUACUUUAACUUGAAUUCCCCAAGUUUGAAUAUUUGUUAUUGUUUGUACAUUUAGCUAAAUUGCUCAGAUGUUAUUCCAACAAUAGGUAAUUGUUGUGUACUUUUUAAAUUACACAAUCCAACAGAGGAAAUCAGCUUUAAACUUAACUUUUCCAAUGGGUUUGUAUAUGUUUAUGUCUCUUUACCCAUAAAAUGAUACAUUCUACUCACCAUUGUUGUAAGUUUUUUAAAAAUUUCAUGAAAGAAAAUGUAUUAUAGCAGCAUUAUUUAAAAUUUCAAACAUUUCUCAAGAGUGAGGGACAUUUGUAACUUUUACAAAGUAGUUUCAUAUAAUACAAAAUGGGUUUUAGAAUUCAGGCUAUAUAGUGUAUUGUUUGCUUAAAGUGAUAUGUUAUUAUUCCUAGGCAAAUGCUUCCUUUUUUGGUGGUGGGGGAAUAUGUACAUAUGUGACUUGGAUUGUGUGAUAAGUAAAUCUGAACAUGGCCACAUUUAAUACUUUUUAAAAUUGUAAAGUGUAGUUUCUCAUAAUAGAGGCAGACAUUUUCCUAUCUGGUUAUCUUUGAUUUGUCGAGGUGGAGAAUGGUGUAGAGAUGGGGAUUAAGGAGGAGGAAAAGGUUAUUUUUUAAAAAUGAUUAACAAAUUCCUGGAAGUAGGGUCAAAUAAUACCUGGACAUUGGCAACAAAAUAGAAAACAGUAAGUCAGAAAAUACUGAGAGGGAGUAGAACAAAUGCAAACUGAGCAUCCGCUAGAUUCUCUUGCCUUUUUGGGUUUUUAUAACAGCUUUAUUAAGAUAAUUUGUAUAUCAUAAAGUUCACCCUCUUGAAGUGUACAACUCAGUGGUGGUUAUAUUCACAGAGUUGUGCAACCAUCAACAUGAUCUAAUUUUAGAACAUUUUCAUUACCCCCAAAAAACCUCAUACCCAUUAGCAGUCACUUCCCAGACCCUCCUUUCCCCAGCCCUUGGCAACCACCAACACUCUGUCUCUAUAAAUUUGCCUGUUUGGGAUAUUCAUAUGCAUGGAAUGAAUCAUUCAGUAUAUGUCCCUUUGUGACUGGUUUCUUUCACUUAAUGUUUUCAAGUUUCAUCUGUGUUGUGGCAUGUAUUAGUACUUAAUUCUUUUUUUAAUUGCUGAGUAAUAUUCCACUGUAUGGAUAUAACACACUUUGUUUAUCAUCAUUCAUUUGUCUAUGGACAUUUGGGUUGUGUAUACAUUUGGCUACUAGGAUGUUAUGUUGCUGUGUUGCUCUGAAUGUUUGGGUACAUGUUUUGGUGUGGACAUAACGUGUUCAAGUUUUUUGGGUAUAUACCUAGGAGUGUAAUUGCUGGUCAUACCCUAACUCAUUGAGGAACUGCCAAACUAUUCCAGGCAGAUUUUUCUCCCCCUACUCCACCAAAAUGGAUCUUGUUAAGGACACCAGUGACUUCCUUGUUGCUAGAUGCAGUGGUCAAUUGUCAGUCUUAAUUUGUCUAUCAGUGGGAAUAUAAUUUCAUUAAUUAUUACCUCCUUUGAAAAAAUUUUAAACAUUUUAUAAAAGAAGCAGUACAUGUCCAUUGUGGGAAAAUUGAAAAUACAAGCUAAAAUAUUAAAAAUUCACUUUCCCAUCAAGCUAAAACAUUAAAUUUGGGGGCUAGGAGAUACAUAGUUAAAGGCUAUCAGUAAAUACAUAUUAUUUGAAGUCAUAGGUCUGGAAAACUUCACUUAGGGAAACAGUAUAAACAGAGAAGAAGAUAAAAUUGUGGGCUCAUGUCAGAGUACAUAUAAAGGUUGGAAAAAGGGCAAUCUCAAAUGAAUUUUGAGGAUUGGAAGAUAUUGAAUGAAUUGUAUUUAUAAAUCCUUGAAUAGUGCCUGACACAUAGCAAUGUAUCAGUGUUUGUUAAAUAAAAUAAAUUCAACUAAA